UCGGCGAUUUCAAUUCACCAGCCAUCCCCAAUAUACUCACAUGGCGCUCCUCGCCGACCGUUGCUACCGCCAACCUUUUCGCAUGAUUGCACGGUUACGGCCCACAGGCCCAAUAAAGCGGCCGUACAACAUCCAUGCUCCCCGUCCCAGCUCAUCUUCUCUCAUUCCGUCGUUCGUUCCAUAAUCGCCUUCUUUACUAGAUCUUGCCUCUCUUUGCUGGCUUACCUAGGCCCUUCGACUGGCCGGUCCUGUCCUUUCUCUGUACAAACGAGUCUCCGCAAAGUCCGUCCAUUUCCCAUUUCUUAAGCAUCAUAUUCCUUCAGCCCCGCCGCCCUUCACAAUCGUUAUGUUGUCCAAGGCAAGCACCAUCGCGCUCGUCUUCAGCGUAGCGCCAAUUCUUUCCGCCUUCGCUGCACCACCUCCGUGCAGCGGAGGCUCCUGGGGUUGGCCAGGCUUCCAGAAGGGCAACAAUAAGUGGGGUGCUGUCUUAUAUCCCUCCCAGUCAUCCAGUUUCGGGAAUGGGAAGGAGGAAGACUGCGUUCCGUCGGGCUUCUCGGCUGUUGCUCAUAGUUCGGUAGCGACAUCAACAUCGUUCAGCACGACGUACAAGACAUUCUACACGACUACCACGACAUUCGGUGGAGGGUCGUCAACGACGUUCAAGACCACUUCUACUCAGACGACUAAGCCUGCGUCGUCAUCGACCUUCAGCCAACCGUCUUCAUCCAGCGGUGGUGGUGGAUCAUCGUCUCAACAGCCCACCAGCCAGCCUUCCAGCUCAAACUCGGUGCCAUCAAGCAGCUCUUCGAAGCCGCCAGUAACGACAUCUCAGCCUACAUCGUCGAGUUCUUCCUCGGCUCCGACCCCUACAUCCUCCGGGGGUGGUUCUGGCAGUGGCACUUCAAACCAAGACAUUCAAGCAUACCUCAAUGCUCACAACAACAUUCGUUCUCAGCACGGCGCUUCCCCUCUCUCCUGGAACGAUACUCUCGCCGUAGCAGCUCAGAAAUGGGCUAACGGUUGCGUGUUCCAACACUCUGGAGGUAAAGUCGGGCCUUUCGGCGAGAAUCUUGCGGCCGGAAGUGGAGACUACGGCAUCACGAGUGCAAUAACCUCAUGGACCAACGAAGCUUCACAAUACAAUCCCAGCAACCCCACUGCGUCUCAUUUCACGCAAGUCGUCUGGAAAGGGUCUUCUCAGCUAGGCUGUGCCGUGAAGACAUGCGCGGCUGGUGCAUUAUUCGGUGCCAACUUUGGUAACUCGAACAUGUAUGUAUGCGAAUACUUCCCAGAAGGCAAUAUGCUAGGCGAUUUUGCACAAAACGUCCAGGUUUGACGGGCAACGGAAUUCUUGUUAAACGUUUAAAUUGUUUUGUUCAAUAAUACCCUUCCAUCGUCUAGCACGAGUAUAACCUUCGUCCUUCGCUACUGUAGUUUGAGUUGAGUGUGUACGAGACAGACAGACUAGCAUUAUUUGAGUGUAUUGAAUACAC